AUGAAAAUGAAAAAACUACUUCUAAGUCUGGCAGUUGCAAAGUUGAGCCUGGCGAUUCACGAGGAGGCUAUUGCAGAAGAAGCCCAAGCAAGCGUGCAGGUGCAUAUAGAAUCUGCUCCCUGGGGUGGCACAAACAGUCUCUACUCCACGCCCGAUACGCCCCGCCGGGAGCAAUGCUUUGCCGAGCACAGGAUAGCCAGAAGCCUGGAGAACAGCAGAUACCUCAGCAGGCUUUGCAUAUUUUUGGAGAGGAAAGCCCAGAAUCUCCAGGCAGCAAGAAGCAAAAAGGACCGGAAAGAGAGAAGUUGUAGCAGGGAAGAGGUCGCCCGCAUUGCAGUAGCAUACCCAGUACUGCGGGGGAUAGGGGACGAAUUUGCUCGGUGCUACAUCGACAUGCUGACAAAAAGAAGUGCAGAGAUCCUCCGCGUAAAGAUGCAGUGCUUUCUGUGCGCGCUGAAAAGGGUGUACAAGUACAAAGACAACGGCCUGCUGAACGCCUUUAUUGCCACGGACCGGUACAUCAUGCAGGCGCAUCCAAGCAUUGACAUUGUAAGAGACCAAACCAGAAACCAGAUGCAGAUGCUCUGCGAAAUGUUUGAGCGCGACUGCCUUCUUCUGAAGAGGGAUCUUUCUCUCAAGGCGUGCGAGUCUAUGCAGCAGGUGUACAGCCUGGAGGAAGGCCUUUUCGCAGAAGAGGCUGAGGAUGUGCUGGACGAUGCAGACACAGGGAGCGAACACAUGCUGUUUGCAAAGAAAAUGGACUGCAUUUUUGAGAAGGCAAAAGAGCGCAGGAAAAGCCGGCUGUUCAGAGCCUUCUGCUGA